AUGAGCGUGAAAGACGUAUAUGUUCGGCUCAUGCGGUCUGCUUUUAGUUCGUACCCGAGGAGAAUUUCUCGGACAAAGAUUGGCCAUGAUCCACCGGUUCACUCCAUCCCUUCCCUCCGGGCAGAGCGAUCGUACUGGCUUCAAAAGAGCAAAAAAUCUCAGCUCAAUGAUCUCUAUCAAAGCGGAUAUAACCAGCCCAACGUCGAAGGAUUUUCCGAUAACGAGAAACUGGUAGCUGAAGCGAUGCUAGGAGUUUUAAAACGUACUUUGGCCGACGAGGUCGACAGGAUAACACGGGACAGAUCCUUCAUUCUGACUGAGUAUGGGUACAUGGGACUGGCCCCGUUAGGCGCGCAGGUUGGAGACCACGUCGUCGUAAUAGGAGGAUGUCCCGUACCUCUUGUUCUUCGAAAGCAGGGCGAAGCUUACCAAGUUAUUGGGGAUACAUAUGUAUGUGGCCUCAUGGAGGGACAAAUGUCUGAGAAUGUGUCUGCUGGAACUGCCCACAUUGAAGAAUUCACGCUGGUUUAG